AUGCAAACUCAAGAGGACGGCGUUAGGCUUCGAGAAGAAGUUAGUUUUAAGCAUUUCUAUCCGGAUUUAGACGUAAAUGACCUUGUCCUUUUUGGGAAAAAUAAUCAUGAUGAGUUGAAUGAUCGUCAUCGCCACGAUGAAGAAGAAGUGUAUCCUGACGAUAAUUUGCGAGAACAUUUGAAGUCAUGGAAACAAUUGAUCGUAAACGAUAGCAUAACAAUCGAAAUGCUAGGACCUCAAAUCAAGAACGCAGAGUUCAAGCGCUGUAAGAUUCGGAUAUCACAGCUAAAUCCUCAUGGCAAGGUUAAUAAACAGUUGGUAAAAUACGGAUACAGAUCUCAUGCAGAUCGUACUUGCGGAUUAGAUCAAAAGUCAUACUGUAAGAAGACUGAUCUAUUGAUGAAGCAUAGCAAUGAGUUUUUUGCUGAUGUUUCGCCAUACCAGGUUAAUUUUAAGGUAGAGUAUGAUAUGGAUGAGCAAGAUGACUUAUUCCUUCGGCACUUAAAUACGGCACUGACAAAUUCUAAGCAUAAGUUAUCACACGAAGUUUUCGAAAUAGUUAUUACGAUAUUAGAGAACGAAGCUUUCCAUUUAGAGAAGAAAAUUCCACCAAGAGUAUCACCUAGUGCUACUAAUAAUACGCAUGAAUCUCAUGCUGCCUGGAAGCAUCAUGAGUUAUACGGAUCAGACGACGGUACUGGAUACCCAAUGGAUCAACCGUGUGCAGUAUGUGGAGGCAUAGAAUGUGAUAAUUCGAAUGCGAUAGUAUUUUGCGAUGGUUGCGAUAUCGCCGUACAUCAGGAAUGCUAUGGUGUAGUUUUCAUUCCAGAAGGUCAGUGGCUUUGCCGAAGAUGCAUGAUAUCCAAAAAUAGAAAGCUCGAGUGUCUCUUUUGUCCCAGUACCACUGGAGCUUUCAAACAAACGGAUAACGGAUCGUGGGGCCAUGUGUUAUGUGGAAUUUGGAUACCAGAGCUUUAUUUCGGAAAUCUACACUAUAUGGAGCCGAUUGGAGGAAUAGAGAAUAUCCCGAAAAGUCGAUGGAAGCUCACAUGUUAUAUUUGCAAACAAGAGGUCGGUGCUUGCAUCCAAUGCUCGAAUAAGAACUGUUUUGCAGCGUAUCACACUACGUGCGCUAAAAGAGCUGGAUUAUACAUGAACUUCAAUGGAUGUACAGUUCAAGAGGCUGCCUCAAAAAACUUUUCCACAGGUGCUUUCCUGGAAAGUUUUUGUCACAAACAUUCUCCUAACGGCUGGAGUAGCUGUGAAGACGGAAUUCGUAAAACUAGGGAUUAUUUUAAUCACAUUAAUCAUCACAAGGUGCUACAAGACAGUGCCGUGGAAGAAAACAAGCAAUCUGCCAAGAAAACCAUUAAGAAUAAAUGGAAAACCAGUAGGGGAACUUUAAUUGCACCUCAAGCCUUCGCAGAUAUUACAAUGAGAGUUUUAAACAGAUUUCAUGUUCCAAAUUCCGAGCAAAUUUCGUUGGAUAUAUGCAAGUACUGGACAAUGAAAAGAGAACUCAAAAGAGGCGCUCCUUUGGUAAGAAAGUUCAGCCCAUCUUCUUUGAAUACUCUAGAUACCGAAGAGCUAAAUGACAGAAUCGUAUUCUCAGAAGUUCUUUUGAGAGACCUCAAUUCAUUGGAAGGUCUUGCAUCAUCUUUGGUGGCUAAACAAGAAUGUAAUGUUGAAAGGGUAAGAAACCAAAGGAUCAUAAACGACAUUGCGUUCCAUCCGAUAAGGUAUAUAUUGAAGGAUGUUGUGUGGAACAAUCUCACAAAGACUUUAUCUUUUAAAUCUUUUGCAGACCUCGAAUCAUCUUCAAAUUUCAAGGUCAUACCUUACAUUAGCUCCAGGCUUGAAAAUGAUGAAUACUUAUCUGUCCAAGAAUUCAAGGAUGAAUUUGUUGGAAAUAUAGUGAAAAUAACAUCCAAUGAGAGGUCACCGAGAUCACUGGUAAUAAUGGGAUCUAAGCUCAUCAACGAUCUUAACAAACUUUUAUCUAAGAUUGAUGAGUUAGAUGUACAUACUUUAUUACAUGACGAUUUCGAUAUAGAUGAGAGAACACAUCAAGUAGAAGAGGUUAAUUGGAAGGGCCGGAAAAUACUUGCACGCGAAGGACUAGCUGAUGUUGAAGAUUUAUCGAUCAAACAGGAAAGACAAUUGAAAGGACUACUACGUGACUGA